UGCACCUGGGGGUAAUUACACGCCGUGUAUUUGCUGAGUUCGGUGAGCUCUGUUGCUUACCGCAUUAAUGCGACUGAUGAAAUAGGGUUCGUUUUCUGUUUUUACUGCUGUUACUGCCAUUAGCCGCAAACGUUAAUUACAGUUACCGUGACGCGUCUAUUAGAGGUUUGUUGAUUAGGUAAUGAGGGGAAAUAGCAGGGCUUUGACGAGACAUAUCAAGUGUUUCCGUCUACACUACCGAGCAAUUGUUUUCGCGUCUUAGUCUGCAGCUAGCAAACAUUAUGAGAGAGGUGUAGCCAGGUGUCCACUCCUUCCUUUUCAGCCUGCUGUCUUCCCCUCACGUGAUUCUUUGAACCCUCUGAUCCACUAGACAUUAAUAAAAUUACCUGUAGAGUGAUAUCAGAACAUCUCCUAUUGGACGUCUUGUCAUGGAGAAGUCAUGGAGGUUUUGGGGGAUGCUGGAGCGAUGCCUGCUAACUGCUGGCUCCUGGACUUGGGGAGUUUGUCGCAUUUCAUUGCUGGCUCUUAUCCUUACCUUCCACCUAUAUGGAGGCAUUUUGUUGCUGGGUCUCAUCCUGGCCUCUGUGGCUGGGAUCCUGUAUAAGUUCCAGGAUGUGCUCCUGUACUUUCCUGACCAGCCUUCCUCCUCACGCCUUUAUGUUCCAAUGCCUACUGGAAUUCCAAAUGAGAAUGUGUAUAUACGCACUAAAGAUGGUGUCCGGCUUAACCUGAUUUUGCUGCGCUACACGGGUGAAAAUCCUGCUCUAGUCCCCACCAUCUUGUAUUUUCACGGCAAUGCAGGGAACAUCGGACACCGGGUGCCCAACGCGCUCCUCAUGCUUGUUAACCUAAAAGCUAACGUGGUUCUGGUAGACUACAGAGGUUACGGAAAAAGCGAUGGCGAGCCAAGUGAAGAUGGCCUCUACCAGGAUGCUGAGGCCACACUGGACUAUGUCAUGUCAAGACCUGACAUUGACAAGACUAAAAUCAUAUUGUUCGGUCGCUCUCUGGGAGGUGCAGUGGCCAUCAGGUUGGCCUCAGUCAACCCACAUCGUGUGGCAGCUAUAAUGGUGGAAAACACAUUCUUGAGCAUCCCACACAUGGCAACCACGCUCUUCUCCUUCUUUCCCAUGCGUUACCUGCCACUCUGGUGCUAUAAGAACAAAUUUCUUUCCUACAGGUACGUGGCAUUGUGUCGCAUGCCCUCGCUUUUCAUUUCGGGCCUGUCGGACCAGCUUAUCCCGCCUGUAAUGAUGAAGCAGCUCUACGAGCUGUCGCCUGCGCGGACUAAGCGCCUCGGCAUCUUCCCCGAGGGAACGCACAACGAUACCUGGCAGUGCCAGGGUUACUUCGCUGCUCUUGAGCAGUUUAUGAAAGAGCUGCACAAGGGCCACGCGCAAGAGGAAGCAUCCCAGGGCUCGACAAGUGUCACCAUCAUCUAGAAACUGCAUCCACUCUGACUAAUGUGGAUCUGCUGUACUCGAAUGUUCAUUUUUAUGCUCUUUAGCCCAUUUUUCCCCCAUUUCCUCAACUCCAUUUCUAGCACUUAAUUUUCAGUGAUUAUUAUAUUGAGGUUGUGUGUGGAUUAUGAGGAGGAUGCAUUUUUAAAUAUCUUCAAAGCUUUCGGUUCAAAUAUGAAUGCAUGAAUGAUCUUCUAUAUUGUAAUGUCUUCUUAGUCUCAUUUUCACACACUCAUUUGUACUGAUUGUACAGGCCUUUUUAUACAGAGACUUUACCAUCCAUGGUAUACCAAAUGAUCAUUCACGGGCACGUCCUACUGUAAAAUAAAGAUGCCUUAUAAUGUCAGGCAAAGUGUUAAGUAUUUUUGUCCCUGUUUUGAUGCCGUGUGACUUGAAUGUUUGAAACCAAUCUUAAGAGCUAAUACUUAAAAAUCAUACACUAGGCAAUGGCAGAAAAUGUCAGUGCUUAUAGCUGGAACCAGUGUUGUGUUUUUUAUUUUUUUUUUCCAUUUUCAUUAUUUUUUUUUUUAAAGGCAAAUCUGGAAACCUGUAACUUCAAAAUCCUUCAUUCUGUUGUGUUUUUAAAAGCCACAAUUUUGCUCACUCAUGGUUUUAGUGAUUGAAGCCGAAAACGGACUCAGGAAUUGCUGAUAUCCGCAAGAAUCAUUUCGGUUCCUGAGCUGCAGAUGCACCGAGCGUAGUGCAUACUCACUUCAUCCAAAGGUGACUGUGAAUUAUUGUGUCUGAUUGGAGGCUUUAAACAGUGUACGCUUGUUUAAGUAUGUAGGAGUAUGACAGUGUUGCGAGUACACCCCUUUAGUAAAAUUGUAAAUAAGAUUGUUUAAGAGCACAGGUCUGUAUGUGCUGCUGUACAUGGUUUUAAUAAAUGCCUAUACUCUGGU